AUGUCAUUCUCUCGUUUGGGGGCUGCCAUUGCCGUGGCAGUCGCCUGGGCUCCUUUGGGGGCUCCAGCCAACAAUGCCGCCAGUGCCUUUAUGGCGUCCCUCUCAGUCAGCACUGCCACCGGUACCGUGCCAGGCAGACCAACAGAUAGAGCGAGUGCCCGAGCUGCUGUCCUAGCCGGGAACUAUACUUCCAAGCUACAUCAUCAGGGCAGGGAGCGCUGCCCUUCGACCUGUGGUGACGUUGGCGCAGACACUAGCGACUGGCCCGUAUAUGGAAGCCUUGAGGGCCUCAGUAGGGCAUGCAAUCAGACUAUGUUACUGGACUUUGCUCUAUACAACUUAGUCAAUGAGCCUAAGGCGAAAGUCGCGAUUUCUGCAUGCACGGCCGAUCUGCAAUUAUCUUCUAGUAACUCAGCUGCCUCGAAAGCUGGCUCUGUGACCAGUACUUGUGUUCCAGAGGGGGUCCAAAGAACCAAGGCUACCUCAACCUUGCAGCUGCUCUCCUUUGGCAACUCGUCCCCAUCACAUUUGGCAGACACUACCGCCGCUCUGGACCAACUGCGGGCAUUCUCCAGCAUCCCAGAUACAGGCUGUAACGAGACCAUCAAAUAUGCUUACUCUGGUAACGUCGCCGUUGGUAUCUACGCGGGGUCAGGACUUGCUGGCCAAGAUGUUCUCACCGCUGUGCUGGAUAAACUCAGCACGAAAAUCAGCAAUGACGGUAGUGUUGCCGAGAGCUUGCUCGUCCAGAUGUGCAGCAACUCCUCGGCUCGGUAUACACUGGGCGUUCUGGCCGACACUAAGGGCAACAUUGGCUCUGUUCAACGCGGCCUGCAGUCGUGGAAGAACAGAACUUGCGUUGCUCUAGACACCACUGCGGGUCGCAUCGAGGAGUGGCAGACCGUGAGCUAUUUCGCUCCGUCCCUGUUGCACACUAGCAACUCUUCUUCAGCCAACUCGACGAGUAGCAGUUCAAUCACCACGAUUGACCUAAACCUAAAGCGAUGGGACGCCCCUAAGCUCACUCUCGAGAAGCGUGCCGACUCAUGCCGCACUAUUCAGGUGCAAUCGGGUGACUCAUGCGCUGCGCUGGCGGCUGAAUGUGGCAUCACACCGGCAUACUCUGGCACUCUUCCAGACUUCUCUCCUAAGCCAGAUGCAGAUGGUUACUGCUACUCGUAUCUCGUCAAAUCAGGCGACUCCUGCUCGUCCAUUGGAGCCGCGUUUGAUUUGACCAAUGAACAGAUCGCUAGCUUUAACAAUAAUACUUGGGGCUGGAAUGGCUGCGAGAAGUUGUUUGCCGACUACAAAAUCUGCCUCAGCACUGGCUUCCCUCCUAUGCCCGCUAGUAUCCCUAAUGCGGUCUGUGGGCCGCAGGUGAACAACACGGCCACACCACCGCCGGGCACAGACUUCAGCACCUUAAAUGAGUGCCCCCUGAAUGCCUGUUGUAACAUCUGGGGGCAGUGUGGAACAACGAAUGACUUUUGCGUCCCCUCCAACUCGAGCACUGGCGCUCCUGGUACCGCAGCUCCAGGAGAAAACGGCUGCAUCUCCAACUGCGGGACAGACAUUGUCGCGUCAGCCCCCCCAGACCAGAUAAUGAGCAUCGCUUACUUCGAAGCCUUCAGCUGGAACCGCCCUUGCCUGCAUAUGUCGGUGACGAGUGUCGACACUUCAGCUUAUACGCAUAUUCAUUUCUCCUUUAUCACCCUGAACAAAGACUUUUCCAUCAACACAGAUGACGUCGCAGAUCAGCUGCCGCUCUUUCGGGGCAUGACUGGCAUCAAGAAGAUUGUGUCGGUCGGUGGCUGGACCUUCUCUACAGAUCCGAGCACCUACACCAUCUUCCGCGAUGCCGUUAGUUCCCAGACCAAUCGCGGCACACUCGUGGCCAACGUUAUCAACUUCCUGAACGACUAUCAACUGGACGGCAUCGACUGGGACUGGGAGUAUCCCAAUGAGCCUGAUAUCCCCGGCAUCCCUGCUGGGUCCGAGUCCGAGACGACCGGCUUCUUUUUGCUGCUGGACGAGCUUAAGGAGAAGAUGCCAUCGGGCAAGACGGUCUCUAUUACCGCCCCAGCCUCCUUUUGGUACCUCCAACAUUUCCCCAUCCAGGCCCUCAGCCUGGUGGUUGACUACAUUGUUUACAUGACUUACGACCUUCACGGACAGUGGGAUUACUCUAACAAGUACGCCGACCCCGGGUGCCCAUCGUAUAGCCAAGGGCUAGGGAACUGCUUACGAUCCCAUGUUAACAUGACUGAGACGAUCAACUCGCUAUCCAUGAUCACUAAAGCCGGCGUACCAUCUAAUAUGGUCGUCGUUGGUGUUAGCAGUUAUGGCCGUUCGUUCCAGAUGACUACGCCAGGCUGCUGGACAGAACAGUGCACGUACACGGGCCCGGACUCGGGAGCAUACCCUGGGAGGUGCACGAACACGUCUGGGUAUAUCUCUGACUACGAGAUCAGCCAGAUCCUCGAUCAGAAUCCGUCGGCCCAAAAGCUGUGGGAUGAAGACUCCUAUUCCAACAUCGUCGUGUUCAACGACAGUCAGUGGGUCGCCUAUAUGGAUGAAGAUAAUAAGGCGACCAGAAAGGCGCUGUAUCCAAGCUUGAACUUUCUUGGAACUGCUGAUUGGGCGGUUGACCUGCAAUCCGAUACGGGCAGCGAUUCGGAGUCUGGCAAGGACGGCUCUGGCGACACCAUUUACAUCAACCCCGACAUCUGGGCCUCGGCCAGCCAGCAGGUCACGGGGGCGCCGGGCGCGACACUCAUUUGGCCACCAAUGCCGCUGGAAAGUCCAACGACUAUCACGUUUCCUCUGUGGACCACGACUGUCUCUUACUCGAGUCUUACGACACGCACAAGCACUCUAAAGGAUGGGUCGACGUCGACAUAUCCCUGGUAUCUCUACAUAUCGUGGUUGACGACUUUGACAAUCCCUCAGGUCACGACUACAGCGAUUCCCCUAUGGGGCGUCUCGCUUGAUCACAACAAAACCGGCGGGCCUAUUACCCUGAGAAGCUCCAUACAGCCGCCACCAUUCGGCGUGACUAUUAUUCCCGUCACUAGCGGCACCACAUCCAUCAUCGGCGCCACCACGACCAGUACAAGCUCGGGUGGCAUCAUUGUCUGGGGCUCUCUAACCUACACACAGCCGCCACAGACAAUGACUCUCGGAGGGACGACAACCAUCAUCGGCGGCCAUGUCUUGCCCCCGACUGUCCUCACCGUCACUCCCAACCCCUAUCCGACCACUGUGCCGUCGACGAUCGAUCCUGUGAUCAACCAAAAGACUCCUUCGUGGACGUCCGGAAAGGUACCCGGACCUACGGCCAAGCCAGGGUGUCCGGGAUGCGGUCAAACAUGUAUCCUAUUUUGCGACCCAGACUGCCCUUUCUGCCCGCCGAAUGUGUUCCCUGGAGGCAGCGGCGGCGGCGGAGGCGGAGGCGGAGGCGACCCUGACGACCCUGAACAUUCAACAACGUCACGGUCGACGUCGGAUCAUCCGACUAGUUCGUACACCGUCAUGUACAACGGGCUGUACGACGAUGUUUUCCCGACCGCCUUUGCUGCGGAAGGCGAUCUCUCUUCGCUCUACUCCGACGAGCUCUCUCGCAUCUACGCGAUGUGGCCCACGACUACCACGCAAUCCACAGAUACAGCCGGACCAACAGAUUCAUCCACCACGGAAUCCGCAACUACAGCCGGACCAACAGAGUCGUCCACCACGAAAUCCACAAACACAGCCGGACCAACAGAUUCGAGCACCACGGAAUCCGCAACCACAGCCGAACCAACAAAUUCGUCCACCACCAAACGGCCGGACCCUACCCCUGCUGCGAACUGCGACUUCUGGGACGAGGGCUGGGGCUGGACGUUCGAGGUGUACAACAUCCGGGACUGGGCGGCGGACCACGGCAGCUCGCUGCACGACGAGGAGAGCGGGUGCGGCGGGCUGACGGGCUGGGACUGGCACGACACCACGGCGACCACUUGGGCCUAUGCCUACUUCAACCUGCCCUUCUUCAUAAAGGACGGCUGCGUCGAGCGCGCCAUCGUCUCCGCCGGGGGGCCCAAGCUGUCGUGCAACGACCAUGGCUUGGGUCUACGCGGCCUGGAGGAGAAGCGCGACGACCGAAACGGGAUGAUGGCAGCCGCCGAGCCGCCCUCGUUCUCGGAGCAGGAGCAGAGCGAGUUUGUCAGCUUCUACGCCGCCAACCGCACGUAUCGCCCCUACGCGCCGAUGGCCUGGCCUACCAGUCCGGCGUCGAGUAUUACCACCCAGGCGUCGACGAGCAAUCCGUGA